AUGAGGCAUGAACCAACUAGAACAUAUAUAGGAGGGCAGGUAGAAUGCUUUGAUUUUUUGGAUAUUGAUCAAUUUGGUAUAUUAGAUAUGUGGGAUUUUGCAAAUGCUUUAGGGUACACUGAGAAGGGAAGUUUCAAAUUUUGGCUAAAACAUGAGAAUUGUUUUAGGCCAAUUGAAACUGAUGCUGAUGUUCUUAGCAUAGCUGACUGUAUUCCUUCAAACUUUGAAGUUCAGAUGUUCAUUGAAAAGGUUAAUAACUCAGAGGGGGGUACUGAAUCUGUCAUAAAUGAUGAAAUUGGGAUAGAUGAAACUGGGGUAGAGUUAAGUGAUGAGGGUGAUGACAGUGAAGAUGAUGACAUUUUUUAUGAGUCAGAGUAUGAUAUGGAGGAUGAUGAUAAGCUAUUUGAAGCUUAUGUUGAUCCUGAAGCUGAAAUUGGUGGUUUAGACAAGGGCAAGGGUAUGAUGAUAAAAUUUCAGAAGGUUGACAAGAUUAGGUUGAGGGCAGUUUGUAAAAAAGAUGGGUGUGAGUGGUUUUCCUAUGUGGGAAAGAUGCAGGGGGAUGGUGCUUGGCAAAUUAAGAGCUAUAAUCCAAAUCAUAACAAAUGCUCUUGGAAUUAUAACAACACAAGCAUUAAAUCAGGGUGGAUUGGGAAGACUUUUGUGAAAAAAUUGAAAGAAAAUCCAAAAUUGGGCACAAGUGAAUUUAGAAAUGAAGUUUGUACCACCUUAAAGGCCAAUGUAUCUAGAUCACAGGCCUAUAGGGCAAAGCAAAAGGCUCUGAAACUGAUUCAGGGUACUUUAGAGGAACAGUUUAGCAAAAUAAGGGAUUAUUGUCAAGAGUUAGAUAGGAGUAACCCUGGCUCUACUGUGAGAAUGCAGUUGAAUGAUGAAAACAGGCCAGUGGUUGGGGUAGAUGGAUGUUGGUUAAAGGGUAAUCAUGGGGGUCAGUUGCUUAGUGCAGUUGGAUUAGAUCCAAACAAUAACAUCUAUCCAAUUGCAUAUGCAAUAGUUGAGAGUGAGACAAAAGAGAGUUGGAUGUGGUUUUUGAAUAUGCUGAAUAUUGAUCUCAACUUUAGUGAAAAUGAACACACAUGGACAUUCAUGUCUGACAAGCAAAAGGGCUUGAUUCCAGCCUUUGAAACCUUGUUCCCAACUGCUGAAAAUAGGUACUGUGUUAGGCAUCUUCACAGUAACAUGAAAAGGGAUGGUUUCACUGGAUUGGCCAUUAAAUCAGCCUUAUGGGCUGCAGCAAGGGCAACUAGAGUUGAGGAAUUUCAGAGGAGAAUGCAAGAGUUGAAGGAGAUAGAUGAAAAUGCCUAUAUUUGGCUAGCCAAAAAACCUCCACAAAACUGGUCUAGGUCUCAUUUCACUACCUAUCCCAAGUGUGAUAUUUUGUUGAAUAAUAUGUGUGAGUGUUUCAAUAGCUUCAUACUGGAUGCAAGAGAAAAACCAAUUAUCUCUUUGCUUGAAUCUAUUAGAAACCUCUUGAUGACAAGAAUUCAGAUAAAUAGAGAAAAAGCACUUAAGUGGGAUGGUCCUCUCUGUCCUAAGAUUAAGCAAGUGUUGAUGAAGACAAUGAAAGAAGCUGGAGAGUGCAUUCCAAUAAGGUCUGAUGAGUGGAAUUUCCAAAUUAUGGGACCUUCAACUCAGCACAGUGUUGAUGUUAGAGAAAGGAGGUGCAGCUGCAGGAAAUGGGAUCUCACUGGAAUCCCUUGUAAACAUGCAUGUUCUGCUAUCUGGUGCAGAAAUGAAGAUCCAGAAUCUUAUGUGCACAAUUGUUACAAAGUGGAGACCUAUCUGAAAUGCUAUGAAACUCCUAUCUUUCCUUUAAAUGGACCUGAAUUGUGGCCUGCCAGUACAAUAGAGCCUCCAUUACCACCCAAUUACACAGACAAAGUAGAACAUGUGGAGGCACAAACCACAACUCUAAAACAUGCAAAAAGAGGAAGUUUUCACAGGUUCAAGAAGGGAGCAAGGGUGAUGGUAUGA